AUACACGUGAUGAGCACUUUCCUGAGCCUGGCCUUGAGUCACAACCGCACACUCGUGCCCGCGCCUGGCUCGUACGACCGAGCAUUCACUGAGACAUGCAAUUCCACAAAGACAGGUGGGGCGUGGGGUUGCUACUUCUUCCCCAUAGUGAAUCCCGACUGUGAGCGCGUGGUCUCGGAUAUGACAGCCAGCAGCACCAUGCCCCCUCUCUCCUCUGACAAAGUGGGCCACAAUCGCCUCGCUGCCUCGGGCGACCUUGUGGUGCAUCUCAACGCCAGCUGCGACAGCCAGAUGAAGCUUGAGGCGCGUGCUGCUAAGCUAUGGGGCGAUGCGUUCGCGAGGGCCCCGAAUGUGGUGGAGUAUAUGGGGGAGCAGCCGCCUGCUGAGACCAAUCACCCCGUGGUGCACUGGUGGCGAUCCCAGUCAACACGCUUCAUGCUGCGCUGGCCCUCCCCUCACACGUGCCACCAAAUCAACAAGGAGCGCCACACCGCCUACGGCCUCCUCACCGCAUCCCACCUCUCGCGCUACACCGAAACCCAGACCGAGAUCCUCCGGGCCGUCGCAGGCAAUACAUCCGAGUCACCCGAAUCCAAGAAACUUUCCGAGAUUUCCGCGGGCCCUCCGGGACCCAUUGAAUCGCAAGUCUGGACCGUCCGGGGGUUCGCGGGGUGUAAAGAGACCUGCAUGAGUGCUGCAGAUGCCAAGGCGAUAAAGGAGACGUACGCAUCGUUGGGAGGGGAGCCGUUUGUGAUGCGGCCGAUCGUGAGUGUGCACGUGCGGCAGAGCGACAAAGGGACUGAGAUGCGCCUGUCGCCGCUCGCCACGCACAUGUUCUUUGUGCAUCGGCUGCGCCGCCACGUGCCGGACCUGCGACACGUGUGGCUCAACACCGAGAUGGAGGUGCGUUGUGACGCCUCAAAAUACACCUCAAUGUCGCCGCUUGCCACACUCAUGCUCUUUGUGCACCGGCUGCGGCGCCACGUGCCGGACCUGCGACACGUGUGGCUCAAUACGGAAAUGGAGGUGCGUGCGUGGGGCAAUGGAUGCUUUGAGAGGUGCGUGGAGAUGUGUCUGUCGCCGCUCGCGACGCACAUGUUCUUUGUGCACCGGCUGCGGCGCCACGUGCCGGACCUGCGAUACGUGGGGCUCAAUACAGAGAUGGAGGUGUGUGGGGCAACGAAUGCUUGCCUUGCCCAUGCCUUCUACUCCUCCACCUCUUUAUCGCUUGCCAAUGGCGUUGCUUGUCUUCCCUAA